GUUCAUUCGCGCUGCGGGCACCUUUGCGACCAUUGUCACGAAGGACCGACAAUACGCCACAAUCAAGCUGCGGUCCACAGAGAUCCGAAAGUUCCCAUUGGAAUGCUGGGCAUCAAUAGGACAGCUUUCGCAUUUGGAGCGGGCCAUGCGUUUCAAAGGCAAAGCUGGCAUCAAUCGCUGGUUGGGUUGGCGGCCAUCCGUGCGAGGGACUGCAAUGGACCCGCACACUCAUCCUCAUGGUGGUGGCACAAGUGCAAAGCACACGAAAAGGCCACCGGUGUCUCCGUGGGGUAUUUUACGCACGGGAUACAAGACUCGGUCGCCGCUGAAGCCUUUGGGUUUGAUUGUGCGGAGAAAACUUCCUGGAAAGAUGCAAAAGAAGUUUGGCAUUGCAUCGUGA